AUGCCUUCCGAUUCGAACGGGGAUGAUCGAAGCCCUAAUUGCGAUACUAGCCCGGACCCUAACCCGAAUCCGGACUCCAUUGACCAGUCACUCGACGCGAUUGAGAGCCAAUUAGCCUCGAUUUCCAUGUCCUCUCGUUCCCCGACGGCGACGCUUGACGAUGAGGACGCUGUGGAAGAAGAAGAGCAAUCGCAGGGCCAGCUAACCAUGGGAAGUGGACCGUUGAAUGAAGAGAUUAAAACGGAAGGAGCUGCUGAUGAUAAGCUUAUUGGAAGUAAUUGGAACGCAGAGGCUUCAGGAUCAGGAGGGAAUGACGAGGGUUCUUCCUCUUCUGUGUGGAGGAAUGUUUUGGAGGCAGAGGAACUUGAGCGGCCGUUGAGUCCGGGCAGUAGUGGUUAUGCCGGCGAGAGGGGCAGUACCAGCGGCGGUGAUGAAAUAAAUGAUGAUGACGAGGAUGAUGAAGGUGGUAAUGAGAUUCCAGAGGUGCAAAACAAUGAGCAUUUGGGAUACCAUGCACAGUGGGUUUCAGGGAAACGUCAUCCUGAUGAGGAUGAUGCUUCAGUUUCUUGGAGGAAAAGGAAGAAACACUUCUUUAUUUUGAGUAACUCCGGGAAACCCAUCUAUUCGAGAUAUGGGGAUGAACACAAGCUAGCCGGGUUCUCUGCAACCUUGCAAGCCAUCAUUUCGUUUGUCGAAAAUGGGGGUGACCGGGUCAAAUUGGUGCGAGCUGGUAAACACCAGGUAGUUUUUCUUGUUAAAGGACCAAUUUACUUGGUCUGCAUAAGUUGCACGGAAGAGGCUUAUGAAUCAUUAACGGGGCAGCUGGAACUCCUCUAUGGUCAGAUGAUACUUAUCCUAACGAAGUCUGUCAAUCGAUGCUUUGAGAGGAAUCCCAAGUUUGAUAUGACGUCUCUGCUUGGAGGAACAGAUGUGGUCUUCUCUUCUCUCAUCCAUUCAUUCAGUUGGAAUCCUGCCACUUAUCUUCACGCUUAUUCAUGUCUUCCCAUGGCUUAUGCGACACGCCAAGCUGCAGGUGCAAUCUUGCAAAAUGUUGCCGGUUCAGGAAUCCUGUUUUCCCUCUUAAUGUGUAAACACAAGGUUAUCAGUCUUUUCGGCACCCAGAAAGCAUCUCUGCAUCCCGAUGAUAUACUGCUGCUCUCCAAUUUUAUUAUGUCUUCUGAGUCUUUUAGGACAUCUGAAUCCUUCUCUCCAAUUUGCCUGCCAAGAUACAAUCCGAUGGCGUUUCUUUAUGCUUAUGUGCACUAUUUUGAUAUUGAUACAUACCUGGUCUUACUUACCGCGAGUUCAGAUGCCUUCUAUCAUUUAAAAGACAGCAGGAUUCGAAUUGAGACUGUACUUGUGGAGUCGAAUGUAUUAAGCGAAGUUCAAAGAUCCUUGGUAGACGGUGGUAUGCAUAUUGGGGAUCUACUUGUGGAACCCACCUCUCGACCAGGAGCUAUGUCUUCUCAUCUCGGUCAACCUAGACUAGCAACAGAUUCCCCUGGAAGAGGUGCAGAUGGAUUUGCUGGAAUUGGUGGGCCUGCGGGACUCUGGCAUUUCAUGUAUAGAAGUAUCCAUCUUGACCAGUUUGUGUCAUCUGAAUUUUCAUAUCCAAUCAACAGCUUGAGACAGCAAAAGAGAUUAUAUAGGGCCUAUCAGAAACUACAUACCUCCAUGCAUGAUAAAGGAAUAGGUCCUCACAAAACCCAGUUUAGAAGGGAUGAAAAUUAUGUGUUACUUUGCUGGGUCACACAAGAUUUUGAACUGUAUGCUGCUUUUGAUCCUCUUGCAGACAAGGCUCUUGCUAUUAAGGUAUGCAAUCGGGUUUGCCAAUGGGUGAAAGAUGUUGAGAAUGAAAUAUUCCUGCUAGGGGCAAAUCCUUUUGCAUGGUGA